GUCUAAAAACAAUAAUCUUCGAUUAUUUUGAGUGAAGGAGGUUCUCAAUGGAAAUACCACAACAAAGGGUGGGCCAAAAAACUUCUGGUCGGCCAAGGCAUUUAGUGGUCACUUUUAAAAGUAAUGUUAUCGAGAGCACCAUUUACAACAAGAAGAAGUCGCUGAAAGGUACUGGUGUGAUAAUCAAAGAAGAUCUUACUCUAUUACGUCUGAACUUGGUCAAGGAGGCAGCUGAAAAAUAUGGAUUUUGAAAUCUAUGGACACGGAGCGGUAAUAUUUUUGCCAAAACUGAAACAGGAGUGGUAAAGGUACUGUGUAAUGUCUAACUUUUUUCCUACUAACUCUGUUGAUAAGUGUCUUUUGUGUGCCGAUAGUGUUUAUUUGACAUUUUGCGGUUAGUCUUAGAAUAGUCACUUAAGUUAUGA